CUGAAGAAAUCUAAUCUAAUCUAAACAAUUUUUUUUUAUCGCCAGUUAAUACGGCAGAUAAACAAAGAAAUAAAUUACUUUUUAUCAUUUCUGAACUGGUCGAGCCGACUGAUAAGUUUGUGUGUACCUAAUUAGUGAAAUUUAUUAAAAAUCAUUAGGAUAUCAGUAAAAAAUGUGGUGGUUUCCGCUGCUCCUCGCACCAGUUCUCGCUUUCACAGCACCCAAAAACUCCAACACAGUCCCAGAGGAGAGAUGGCUGAACGUCAGACUGAACCAAAUGAUGGCAUCCAAUAAUGACACUUUUCCUAUGCGAUUCUUCUACAACCCCUUAUCAUCCGAUAAUGAGAACGUGGUGAUCCUGGUCGGGGGAGACUGGGAGAUCAGCUCAGAAGAUGCGGCUCAAGGAUUGGCGGUUGACAUCGCUAGAAAUCUCAGAGCAAGCUUGUUCUAUACGGAGCAGCGGUACUAUGGGCAAAGCUUGCCCUUCCCAGAUACAUCGGUGUCCAACCUUCGACUCCUGACGGUGGACCAGUCGUUGGGUGAUCUGGCGCAGUUCAUACGAUAUAUCAAGAGUGACGACUUCGAACAGGGAAGAUACGGGUCAGCCAAAGUAGUUCUGGUUGGGUGCUCUAUGGGUGGAAGCUUGGCGACUUGGAGUAGACGCGCGUACCCUCACUUGGUGCAAGCGGUGGUAUCUGAUGGAGGACCGUUGUACGCAAGAGAAGAACUGCCAGAGUUUCUGGAGGUGGUGAUUGAAGUUCUGAGGGUGAGAGGCAGCGAGCAGUGUGUGCAGAAUCUUAAAGAAGCUGCUGAUGAAAUAGAGUCAGCUAUUACAACAUCCGUGGGGCUCGGACAGGUGUCACAAGUGUUCAAUACGUGCACCCCACUAUCGACGUCCGCCAUGGACGUGGCUACCUUCUGGUCUGCCAUCAUCGAGGAGUUGGAAGCAUUGGUAUGGGAUGAAAUAGAGGCAGUCCCUACAGCGUGUGCGGCGCUAGCGUCUCCUGCGACAGCGACGGCCAUGCAACGCCUGGCCACAUGGCUCGAGCAGCGCCGCCCGCCCACCUGCCUGGAGACGCGGUACACGGAGACCGUCGCAGCGCUCACAAACACCUCGCUGGAAUCACCGCAAUUACACAAGCGGCUGGGGUUGUUCGUGUCGUGCGGUCAGACGGGGUGGGCGCGCAGCACCGCCGCCGCGCCGCUGCCCGCCGCCGCCCGACCCACGGAGUACCAUCAACAGCUGUGCACUGACGUCUUCUCCGAACAUUUCAACCAGGCCUUCCUCCAAUCGGGCAUCAGUAGAACCAACUUAUUCUUCGGAGGUAAAUCAGUGCCCGACUACGUGGUCUCAGUGUUGGGGCGACUCGACCCGAUGUCGCCCGCGACACCGAUCGAAGGAGGCUUGAAGACUCCCGUAUACAGACCAGAAGCGCCGAGAUGCUCAGCUCUUAGCUCAUUCGUCUACAGUCCUGACGAAGAGAACAGAAUGCUGAAGCUCAACGUAAUGAACGACAUCCAGUACUUCAUCACCGGCGUUCCCUUCGCCGGGCCUUGCGAGCCAUCAGCUCAAUCUUCUUACUGAUAGGUGUCGCUUUUGCGCUCAUUGUGUGAUUUUGUAAUUAAUUAAUAAAGUUUUAUGUAGAUGUCGAUACUAGUUUUUAUUUUUGAGAACCUUUACAACUAAACGUGAAUCCUUUUUGACAGGAAAGUAAGAGGCAAGAGGAAGUCAGCCAUAUUUGCUUUCUGUUGAAAUGUUGACACGUCCAUCUUAUGGCUAAAUCUAGUAAAAACCAUCGC